UCAAAUUUCCUUGUUAGCUGUCCAUGACCGCAACGUCGACCUCAUCGCCACCGCCCACCGGCGCUAGCUGAUCGAGCUGCCUAUAAAAACACCACGCCACCGGCCGAGCUUUGCAUCUAGCCUACCUUACCUUACACGACAGAGUUUGUUUAAUCGAUCGAUCGAUCGCGCGCGGCGAGAUGAGCAGCUCGUACGGGACGUCGUGGGCGGACCAGUGGGACUACGGCAGCGACCCGGCCCCGGCGCCGUCGUCGUCGUCUGGGAAGAGGAGCGGCGGAGGGAAGAAGAGCGGCGGCGGCGUGGAGAAGACGAAGGCGGCGGCGGCGAGCGGGCUGAGGAAGGUGAAGGAGGGGACGGCGCAUGGGUUCCAGUGGAUCAAGGACAAGUACCAGCACAAGAAGGCCGGCGGCGGCGGCGGCAAGAAGGCGCAAGGGGAGCAGCGGAGCUCCGAGAUCGCCGGCUACUGAUCGUUCGUCCGUCCGUCUUAGUGUUCGAGAUCAGAUCGAUGCUCUUGCACUUGCAGAGGUCGGCUGGACGGAUCGACCAGUGUUGAUUGAUUCGUUUGCUUUGUUCAUCUCGUGUGUAGAUAUAUAUAUUUAGUUUGAUUAUGUUCUCUUCUUUCUCAUGUAUCUAGAUAUAAACGAGGUUUGUUUCUGUUUGUCUUUUUUUUUAGUUUUUUUUUAUUAACUUCGACUUUGGUAUGUGAAAAGAUACCGGAAGUGUCAUACGUUAUAAUGAU